UCUUCUUGACGCUACAUCCGUUAAACUUUCAAAUUAGGGGGCAUACGCUGUUGGAAGGUUUUCGAAAAUUCACGCGUGAUUUUCGGUUGUGUUGUUGGCUGGCUAUACAAGUUAUUGUUUAAAGGUUAUAAUUAAUUUAAGCGAACGAAGAUGUCGGAUAAAAUCUAUUACUCGGGUAAAUAUUACGACGAUAAAUACGAAUACAGGCACGUAGUGCUACCAAAGGAAAUGGUAAAAUCAGUACCCACCACACGUCUCUUACGUGAACAAGAAUGGAGAGCUAUGGGUGUUCAACAAAGCCAAGGAUGGGUACAUUACAUGAUCCAUAAACCAGAGCCACAUAUCUUAUUAUUUAAAAGAAAAAUAACAUCACCAGCACCAGAGAAUUAAAUACAUUGACAUAACUAUAUCUAUUUGUAAAUAAUACUUCAGAUCAUUGUUAAUAUUCAUACAAAAACUCAGCUAUGACAGUUUGUAAUCCGUUGAUUUCUAAAAAAUCAAUGAUAUGCUAAAGUAUUUUUAAAAUUUCACUUCAAAACUGACUAAUCGUAGAAGAUAUAACGUUUUUUAAAAUUCUGUGUUGUAACCUGAGUGUAAUCUCUUUACUUUCAUUACUUCAACAAAAUCGUUUAUAAAUAUCAUCAAAACGUUCUGUAUAUAUGUCUAUAGAAUGCCCUAGUUUUUAACUGCAGUAUACAUUGUUCUUAACUUUAGAAUUACCAUGACAACUUGGUAUUUCAUUUAAUUUAACCCAAGUAGAAACAUACCAGAUUAUAUUGAUUUUCUGGAAAUCACAGUUCUAAAGCAGAAUCAGUUUCUAUUAAGAAUUUACUGAAUAAGGAAAAUCUUUAUAACAUUUGUGAUUAUAGAGUGCCUUGCACUAAUGUGCCUAUUCUUAAGGUAUACUUUAAUGUUACAUUUAGAAUAAUCAUUCCUUAUGUAUAACAAGAAUGAUGUAUUAUAAAAAAGUGCCUUUAAAUUCUAAGUUCAUUAACAGCCUACAUACUAAUUCGAGACUUCAUUAUUAUUAGUUAGGUGUUAAAUUCUGCGUUUAUUAAAUAUUUUGCCGGAAGAUUUUUACAUUUAUAUU